UUUUCACUCAGUACAGUAUGCUUCAAAAAUGUUCAAAUGUUCGACAACAGCUGGGAGAGCUGUUCGCUUUAGGACACAAGUUAUUAUCGAAAAUUAACUGUAAGAGCAGCCUCCCAGCAUAAGAAACGGCAUUCAGUAGACGAUUUUUAUGCUUGCGUAUAAAUGCAGCCAUAUACAAUACCACUGACAGUGGGUGUAAUCACAGGAAUUGUGGGCUUCAUAAUGGGCGCGUUGUUGCAACAAGAUGCCUCAUAUCGUGGCAUACAGAAUGCCAUGGAAACGGAUCCCUACAUCUUUCAGAGUCGACAGCAAAUCUAUGGUGCAUUGAGACUUGUGGGACGACAACGUAAUGUUCGAUCGAAUAACGCAGAACUCGAGGAUAAUGCGGUGUCCCAUGCGGAGCAUCAAGUGACCAUUCAUCGUUCGAGUGGCGAUCAUUCGUGUGCUUCGCAGGACACUGAGGACUCUGUGUUCUCCAACUAUGUGCGCUGGUUCCAGACCAAUAUGCAAGCGGUGACAAUGUUCUUCACAUUCUCACUGGGCGAUGAACCGAAUGCGCUGUGCCCCGAACACGGCACCCACGUGGCCACACUGAUGAAGUACGGCUUUCCCGGCCUUGCCGAUAUACACGUCUAUCGGAAUUUCGUACUAUCGUACGAUCGCCGUAAUCGCAUUGCGCACUGGGUGUGCGAGCAUCUCGAUGGCGAUUGCUUGCUGCAGGACAACGAUGCCGCAACGACGGCUCCGAAGCAACACGAACUGAAUGUGGACUCGAGCAUACCGUUGAUGUUUCGUGCCUCGCCGCGAGAUUAUCAGAAUACGGAUUGGGUGGCCGGACACUUGGCAUCGCCGUAUAAUUACACAUGCGACGAGAGGAAUUUUAUUGAGACAUAUUUGAUGCCAAACAUUGCGCCCGUGAGUCGAGGCCUCAAAUCGCAAAUCUGGUCGCGACUGGAGAACUAUGUGCGAGAGUUGGCCAUCAAAUGCGGAUCGGUUUAUGUGUACACGGGUCCGUUGUUUAUGCCGCAACGCAUCACAUUCCGCAAUUGGGCGAUACGACAUCAGGUGAUUGGCAUGAACACGGUGGCGGUGCCCACACAUUAUUUCAAAGUGAUCAUUGCCGAGUGCCGCAACAAAGAGCAAUUUCCCUAUGUCGAGGGCUAUGUGGUGCCCAAUGUGGAUGUCGAUAGGAAUCUGGAGCUGAGCUCGUUCCUAUCCGAUAUUCAGGACAUUGAGCAUUUUGCCGGUCUCAAGUUUUUCAAUGGUGUUCGCUGGCCCCAUUUGCAUCACAAUAAUGCAGUUUAACUGCGACCAACAACAUCAUCAUCAUUGUAAAACGAUAAAUUUGUAGUAAACUUAACA